AUGAAGUGGAAUGUUCUGAAGAAUAAUAAGUUCUCUAUCAGCAAAACUUGGAAGGUGUACAGGACUGACUAUAAUAGCUUGCCUUGGUUUAAAAUUGUGUGGGGAAAAAAUUCUAUUCCUAAACACAGUUUUAUUCUUUGGCUAGCUAUAAAAAACAGACUCAAGACCAAAGAUAAACUGAAAAGGUGGGGUGUGACUCCUGAUGACCAUUGUGUUUUGUGCAUUUUGCUACUGAAAUUUGGAAAGCCAUGGGAGCCAUUUGCAGAAUCAAUCAGAACAUUGGGUCCUGGAGAAGAAUUAUCAGUUGGUUUAGCAGAAAGAGCACUAGGAAAAGUUUUUCAGCCAACAUUCGCAGAGUUAUACAUAAUCUGGAUCACCAGAAACAAGAAGAUUUUUCUGAAUGAGAAUGGUGUGCCUGCUGAAGCUGUGAAAAGAAUUAGAAGCAUUCUUCUUGACAAGUUCAAUGGUUACAGCACUAGUACUUCCUUUAAUAGCAUUAUGUAUGAUAUACAACAAUUAUAG